CACGCGCGGUACGAGUGGCAGACGAGGAGAAAAAGGAGAGCGAGCACAGCAGAGCAGAUAGGAGCUGUGGGAGGAAGGAGAUGUGACAGGAGGACUUAAAACAGAAGCUCUCAGGACUACGACAGAACACAGAAAGGAAAGUGGAUCGUAUUUUGCUGCACAUUUGGAGAUUUUAGCGGCGGGAUACGUGGUGCGGACUGUUACGCACGACAGCGUUUCCCUGCGGUAAAACCAGCCGGAGUUUUGUGGACAGGAGCUGCACGGCGUUGCCUGCUCUUCCUCUUCAGAAAGGAGGGUUUAUAGCGGGGAGGUUUACGGAGCAGCACACUGAAGGCACAGAGAAGGAGUUGGGAUGUCCUGAGUCAGUUCUGCGGGCCCAGAGAGCGGUGUGCUGAUGGGACCUGCUGCGCCACCAUGAGUUUACAAGAUGGCGGCUGCAGCUACGCCAGCAGCGCCAACAUGGCCACCGCUUGUGGCAGCAUGCGGCGGCGCCUGGAGGACCAGGACUUCAGCCUGCGCGUCUAUCCUGGAGCCCUGGCUGAGGGAACCAUCUACUGCCCCGUCAGCGCACGCAAGAACACCACAGCAGCUGAAGCCAUCGAGUUCCUCAUCCAGCGGUUAUGCCUGGAGCGGACCAAAUGCUACGUGCUAGCUGAGGUGAAGGAGUUUGGCGGGGAGGAAUGGAUCCUAAACCCCAACGACUGCCCUGUUCAGCGGAUGAUGCUGUGGCCUCGCACUGCCCUGGAGAAUCGCUCCAGCCUGGGCAGCGGCGAGGACUACCGCUUCCUCCUACGGGAGAAGAACCUGGAUGGAUCUAUUCAUUAUGGCGGCAGCCUGCAGAUGUGGCUGCGGGUGACUGAGGAGCGGCGGCGCAUGGUGGAACGGGGUUUCCUCCCUCAGCCUGCAGGGAGUGACCCACCGUCCGACCUCUGCGCUCUCCCGGAGCUUACAGAGCGCGCCCUGUUGGAAAGCCUUCGAGCACGCUUCCGCCAGGAGAAGAUCUACACUUACAUUGGGAGUAUUCUUAUUGUGAUUAACCCCUUCCAGUUCCUGCCAAUCUACAAUCCUAAAUACGUCAAAUUGUACGACAACCACACACUCGGGAAGCUGGAGCCUCACAUUUACGCCGUGGCAGAUGUGGCUUAUCACGCUAUGCUGCAGCGACGGAAGAACCAGUGCAUAGUCAUCUCUGGUGAGAGUGGGUCAGGGAAGACCCAGAGCACCAACUUCCUCAUUCAUCACCUGACGGCGCUCAGCCAGAAGGGAUUCGCCAGCGGAGUGGAGCAGAUCAUCCUGGGAGCGGGGCCGGUGCUGGAGGCCUUUGGGAACGCUAAAACCGCCCACAACAACAACUCCAGCCGCUUUGGAAAGUUCAUCCAGGUCAACUACCAGGAGAGUGGCACCGUCAGGGGAGCGUAUGUGGAGAAGUAUCUGCUGGAGAAAUCCCGUCUGGUGUAUCAGGAGCACAAUGAGAGGAACUAUCAUGUGUUUUACUACCUGUUGGCCGGAGCCAGUGAGGAUGAGAGGAAGUCCUUCCACCUGCUCAAACCUGAGGAAUACCACUACCUCAACCAGAUGACAAAGAAAUCUCACAAACUGCACUGGGACAAUUACUAUGAGAGCGACCUGGACUGCUUCACGGUGGAGGGAGAGGACCUGAAACACGACUUUGAGCGGCUGCAGCUGGCGAUGGAGAUGGUCGGCUUCUUACCCACAACACGAAAACAAAUCUUCUCCCUGCUGUCUGCAAUCCUCCACCUGGGAAACAUCCGCUACAAGAAGAAGACCUACAGGGACGACUCCAUCGACAUCUGCAACCCAGAGGUCCUGCCCACCGUCUCUGAGCUGCUGGAGGUCAAAGAGGAGAUGCUGCUUGAAGCCCUGACGACAAGGAAGACGGUGACGGUGGGAGAGAGGCUCAUUGUACCCUACAAACUGGCUGAGGCGGGCACGGUGAGGGACUCCAUGGCCAAGUCUCUGUACAGCGCGUUGUUUGACUGGAUCGUGUUCAGGACCAACCACGCUCUCUUAAACAACAGGGACCUGGAGGACAAUUCAAAGAUUCUGUCCAUCGGAGUGCUGGACAUCUUUGGAUUUGAGGAUUAUGAGAACAACAGCUUCGAGCAGUUCUGCAUCAACUUCGCCAACGAACGGCUUCAGCACUACUUCAACCAACACAUCUUCAAAUUAGAACAGGAGGAGUACAGGGCAGAGGGCAUCACCUGGCACAACAUCGAAUACAUCGACAACAGCGGCUGCAUCAACCUCAUCAGCAAGAAACCCACGGCGCUGUUCCACCUGCUGGACGAGGAGUGCAAUUUCCCUCAGGCUUCCAAUCAGACCUUGCUGGACAAGUUCAAGCGUCAGCAUGAAGGAAACAGCUACAUCGAGUUCCCCGCUGUCAUGGAGCCCGCCUUCAUCAUCAGACACUACGCUGGGAAAGUCAAGUAUGGAGUCAAGGACUUCAGGGAGAAAAACACCGACCACAUGCGUCCGGACGUCGUGGCUUUGCUCAAGAGCAGCAAGAACGCCUUUAUCUGUGGCCUGAUGGGAAUCGACCCCGUGGCCACUUUCCGCUGGGCCGUGCUGCGAGCUUACUUCAGAGCCCUGGUGGCUUUCAGGGAGGCCGGCCGCAGACACACACACAAAAAAACUGGGAACGAUGCAGCCGUUCCCUGUUCUGUGGUCAAAACUGUCGACAGCUUCAGUUUCCUUCAUCACCCGGUUCACCAGAGGAGCCUGGAGAUCCUUCAAAGAUGCAAAGAUGAGAAAUACAGUAUCACUCGCAAGAAUCCUCGCACUCCUCUGUCAGACCUUCAAGGCACCAACGCCCUGAAUGAAAAGGCCAGCUGGGAUGGCUUUGGUGUUGGCUGUAACGGUCGCAGGUCUGGUCGUCUGUCUUCGUCAGGAAGUCCCGCCCUGGAAGAAGAAGGGAUCUUCAUCCACUCGACCAGCAGCAAACUGCUGGAGAGAGCUCAGGGCAUACUAAUGAGAAACAAAAACUGCAAAAGCAAGCCCACUCUUCCUAAGCACUUGUUGGACGUGAAGUCUCUGCGCUACUUGAGCAGCGUGACGCUUCAUGACCGCAUCACCAAGUCUCUGCUUCACCUGCACAAGAAGAAGAAGCCACCCAGCAUCAGCGCACAGUUUCAGGCGUCCCUCAACAAGCUGAUGGAGACUCUGGACCAGUCAGAGCCGUACUUUGUCAAAUGUAUCCGCUCCAACGCUGAGAAGCUGCCGCUGCGUUUCAACGACAGCCUGGUGCUCAGGCAGCUCCGAUACACAGGAAUGCUGGAAACCGUCCGGAUCCGACAAUCAGGAUACAGCAUCAAGUACACCUUCCAGGACUUUGUGCAUCACUUUCAUGUGCUGCUGCCUCGAGGCACAAAUCCAACCAAGUCAGGCAUCAGGGAGUUUUUCAGACGGAUCCACCUGCCUCCCGCUGGGUAUCAAGUGGGGAACACCAUGGUGUUCCUGCGAGAGGCGGAGCGUCAGCGUCUUCAGACAUCCCUCCACCAGGAGGUCCUACGGCGAAUCGUCACGCUGCAGCGCCGCUUCAGGGCGGUCCUGGAGAGGAAGCACUUUGUCGACAUGAGGAGAGCCACCUGCGUCAUCCAGAGGUGGUGGCGGUUUUGCCUCCUCAAAGAGUCCACCAUGGAGUCGAGUUACGAGGAGGGGGCCGCGUUGUGUCUGCAGGCGGCCUGGAGGAGCUACAGGGAGCGCAGGAGGUUCCUGCAGUGUAGGGACUCUGCCAUCGUCAUACAGAGGAGCUGGAGGAGCUGCAGGCACCGCAGAUCUCUGGCGGCUGUGACGAUUCAAGCGAGCUGGAGAGGAUUCAGGGAGAGGAGGAGAUACUGUUACACGUACAGGACGGUGACGCAGCUGCAGGCGGUGGGCCAGGGAUACCUGGCUCGACUCAGGUUCAGGGAACUGAAGGAGCAGCAAGAAAGACUCAGAGAACAGAGUCCUCCAGCAGAGAUGGAUGAAGGAACCAUGGAGGACCUCACCUCAUCGAUACAGGAGGUUUGUGUCCAGGACAUCUCUGUAGAACUCUCCGAAGACUCUCAACCUGUCCUGUUUGACGUGGGAGAGACAGAGAGAGAGGACGACUCGGAGCGAAGCAGAGGAACGGACGAGACGAGUCACAAGAACCGAUCAAAACGAGAGAGCAGACGUAUGAGAGAGCUGGAGCAGGCUCAGUUCAGCUUAGAGCUCCUCAAGGUCCGAACCGUCAGCAUGGGAGGUCCUGUGCCGGAGGACGUAGUCCCAGACAACAGACACUCCCCCCGAGGGUCUCCAGCCAGUCAUGGAAGUUUCGAGCUGCUCAGUGUGGAAGACAUGGAGACUGAGUCGACCGCACCUCAAGAACAACCCCAAACUCUGAAUAUUCAAAUCAAUGCCGGGCUCAGAGAUUCAAACUUUAACGAAAAGCCGGCAAUGGAGUACCAAGACAAGGAGCAGAGUCCAAGGGCGACAUUUUAUAUCGCAUCUGACCAAAGUCCGGUUCAUGAACCAACAUUUGAAAGCCCAAACAAAUCCUGCAAAGACAGAAGGGAGUCCACAUCCCGGAGGCCUGUGGUGGUGUUGAUCAGUAUGCAGAAGGAGAGUCCUGUGGAGGAGGGGGAGCUGCUGGCAGCCCAAACCCUGGAAAAAGCUCUGGAGACUGAAGCAGCAUCAUCCAGUUCGAAAAUAACCCCUGUCAAAAGCCCGGAGGUAUCAUCAAAGGUGGAAAAACCUCAUGGGAUCCCUACCAAGGCAAAGAAAGGUGCAUCAGAGCAAGUCAAAUCUUCAAGGGCUUCUGCAGAUGUAACAGGGAUUAGCUCCUCAGAGGUGGACAUCCAGAUCGUCCUGGGAGCAAAAGACGGUGUCCCGGCUGUUCUGCCAAAGCAGCAGCAGCAGGAGAGGAAGGCGUCCAGGCCUGCGAAGGAGGCUCCCAGUCCCGUCCUGAAUACCAAACCUCCGAAAGCUCAGAAGAAGAGCUCAGCCCAAACUGUGAUCGUGAACAUGGUGGAGAAACCCUCCAACUCGGUGUUCUCUCCGCCCAGACGCAAACUGCCCUUCUCCAAGUCAGAUAAAGAUUUGGUGAACCAGGAAAGAUCUCUGGCCAUGUUCAGAGACGACUCCAAAACACCAGGCUCCAGAAACAGAGAGGUGGGUCGCCCUGGCCCCAAAAAGAAAGCCCGAAUGUCCCGGACGCGCUCCGACUUCCUCACCCGCUGUAACUCUGAGGGGGCAACCCAGUCAGACGACGACGAUGAAUACUACGUCCCCGCCCACUCCCACACGCUGCCCCCCUCCCUGACUCCCUCACGUGCACACCCUGAGGCCGACUGUCACAGUGACUCCGAGAUGGGUUCUCACAAAGACCAGAAGAAGAUCCAUAAGACCAUGUCGUCAGGAGACCUGGGCAAGGUGGAGGUGCUCAGGAAAACCUCCAGUCAGGAUGGAGGCAUAAUGAGAGGAAAGAUGAGAUUCUGGAGUAAAUCGAAGCACAGUGAGAAGAAACUGUCACGAGAGAAGCAGGCCAGCAGGAGCGAAGCUGGAGAGACACAUGAAGGCCCCUCUCCUCCUCACAGUCCUGACUUGGAGGCGGCUGCUCCUCGGGGGGUCAGGGACAGUAAGGAGAACAAGGAACCGUCCCCGAAGAUGAGGAGACGUCGCAGCCUGAAGAUCGGAAGCAUCACUCUGGAGCCGUCUCAGUGGCAAAACGACGCGCUGCACAUCCUGACGUCUGCACACGACUACCGCACCAUGAACGACUUCCUCAUGAAGAAGAUUGCAGACCUCGAAUCUGUGGAUGGAAAGAAUGACACCAUGGUGGAUGUGGUCUUCAAGAAAGCGCUGAAGGAGUUCAGGAUCAACAUCUUCAACUCCUACUCCACAGCUCUGGCAAUGGACGACGGGAAGAGUAUCCGUUACAAGGAUCUGUACGCGCUGUUCGAGCACAUCCUGGAGAAGUCGAUGCGCCUGGAGCAGAGGGACUGGAACGAGUCCCCGGUGAAGGUGUGGGUCAACACCUUCAAGGUGUUCCUGGACGAGUUCAUGACCGAGUACAAGCCCAUGGAGGGAACGAUCGGCAGGGCUCCCAAACGUGAACGCAAGAAGUCGAGGAAGAAGGAAACUGACAUUGUGGAAGAACACAACGGCCACAUCUUCAAGUCCACACAGUACAGCAUCCCCACAUACUGCGAGUUCUGCUCCUCCCUCAUCUGGAUGAUGGACCGAGCCUGCGUCUGCAAACUGUGUCGCUUCGCCUGCCACAGGAAGUGCUGCUCCAAGAUGACUACCAAGUGCAGCAAAAAGUACGAUCCGGAGCUGUCGUCUCGGCAGUUUGGUGUAGAGUUGUCCCGUCUGACCAGUGAGGAGCGAGCUGUGCCCCAGCUGGUUGAGAAACUCAUCAACUACAUCGAGAUGCACGGACUCUACACAGAGGGCAUCUACAGGAAGUCCGGCUCCACCAAUAAGAUCAAAGAACUCCGACAGGGGCUGGACACAGAUGUGGACAGCGUGAGCCUUGACGACUACAACAUCCACGUCAUCGCCAGCGUUCUCAAACAGUGGCUCCGUGACCUGCCCAGCCCUCUCAUGACGUUUGAGCUGUACGAGGAGUUCCUCAGGGCCAUGGGUCAGCCAGACAGGCGGGAGGUGAUGCGAGGAGUGUAUUCUGUGAUCGACCAGCUCAGCAGGACGCACCUCAGCACACUGGAACGCCUCAUCUUCCAUCUUGUCAGGAUUGCCCUGCAGGAGGACACUAACAGGAUGUCAGCCAACGCCCUCGCGAUUGUGUUCGCCCCCUGCAUCCUCCGCUGCCCUGACACCAUCGACCCGCUGCAGAGCGUCCAAGACAUCAGCAAGACCACAGCGUGUGUGGAGCUGAUCAUCAAUGAGCAGAUGAGCAAAUACAGAGCUCGUCUGAAGGACAUCAGCAGUCUGGAGUUUGCAGAAAGCAAAGCCAAGAGCAGACUGACCCACAUCAGGAAGUCCAUGAAACCAGUACUAAUUGCUGUUAGGUUUAUGAGCAUAACCCGCACUGCCACCCCGCCUAACACAGCUAAACUUAAGAGCAAAAGUCGUGUUCGGCAGAGCAGCACCCACACACCGUCUCCUCCUCUCAGCCCCAAGGUGCCCUCUGUGGUGGAGGAUGAGAUUGCGGGAGGAGGAGGUGGAGGAGGAGGAGGAGGAGGAGGGGGAGGAGGAGGAGGAGGUGGAGGAGGAGGAGGAGAGGAUGCAGCAGAGACGGGGCUAAACGAGCAGCAGCAGCAGGCGAUUCAACAGGAGGAGCGAAUCCUUAACGAGCAGAUUGAGAGUCUGCAGAAAGAGAAGGAGGAGCUGACAUAUGAGAUGCUGAUCCUGGAGCCUCGGGCGUCCGACGACGAAACUCCUGAAUCUGAAGCAUCCAUUGGCACAGCGGACAGCUCGGAGAACAUCACCAUGGAGAUGGAGGGAGCCACCUCAGACCCCUCCGAGCAUGGUGCUUUUCGAUCCAGAAAGUCAGAUGGAAAGGGCAGAAGAGCUCUGCGCCGUCAGCCCGACUCCCAGGAUUCUGCUGACUCCACCUCCACCCUUUCCUCUUCCUACCACCCCUCCUCCUCUCUCUCCUCCAACGCCUCCGGCUCUCCUUCCCCUCACUAUCGCUUCCGCUCCUCCUCCUCGGGGCCCCUGCUCACCUCCUGCGGUCUGGGGGCCCCGCUGGCGGAGGCGGAGGGUAGCCUAAGAGCAGGUAAGACCCGCCACAGGCUCCGACUCAGCCGCAGCUCACCGCGCGAGCCCUCAGGGAGCCACAGGAGGGAGUCGGACUUCGGCUCGGGGCCUCAGCAGCUGGUUCUGUACGGCAGCAACGAGUUCAUGGUGUGAAGACGAGGAGGGACGGAAAAGCUGAACGAGAGGAGGGAGAGUCCGGGGUGUAAAGAGGCUGGUCAUGGGGCGAGGCUUGGUCCCCUCCUCGGUGUCUACGCCCCCCCCCUCCUUUCCUGGUCCAAAGGAAGACACAGAGGGAGACAAAAAUUGACGACUAAUGUAAACACAGUGACCUGAAAAGAUGUGGUCGGCCGUGUUUGCUGCCCGUCUGAUCUCAGUCCGCCGUUUGACCCCUGCUGGAGUCCAGGGGGUCGGCUGGGGGAGAGUGAGAAGAAGAAGAAGAAGAAGAAGAAGAAGAAAAAGACGAGCUUAGAAACCCCCACACCUGCAAAGCCAAAUCUUAUCGUGCUCCAAUCUUUCUUUUUCUAGCAUGUGGGCAGCCACCCAGAAGAAAUGUAGCCAUACUGACUGACUCACUGACUGAACUGGCGGACAUUUUUUGUCUGUGACCAGCGCCAAGCUAAGUCUGCUUUUUCACGUUUACACGGGACACACCAGCCAAGAGGCUGCAUGCUACUCCAUCACAUUUUUCCUACGUCAGUUUGAAGAGACUGUACAGAAAUAUGUUACAUCUGUAUGUCACAUUAUUAUUCUAAUUAUUAAUAUUAUUAUGUUACAGAGGAAAAGAGUGUACAUAGAAAGAAAAGUCCAGUGCUGCUCCUGGGUCGUUCAUUGUCUCUAUUUCUCUCUUAUGCAAAGUGACGUGUCUGGAAUUAGGUUCCACUUUUGUUUCUGUGCCGUUUUUCUUCUUCUUUUUUUUUCUUUAUGUUUCUCUUUUCCUAAUUCACAAUGAACAGAGCCAGUUGUACCUUUGAAAAAAAUAAUAGAAGGAGAAGCUGUGGAUGUGCGCUCACAGUGCUGCGUGUCGUCUGGUGUCACGUUUACUUGACCUAAGGAGUCAAAAGUCAAUCAGCCAUAAGUGUAUUGUUUCCGCCUUUCCCUGCAAGCUCGUUUUUUUUUCUGUUUUUAUCCAGAAACAUCAGUGUUACUACAUCAGGACUUGAAUUUUUUUUAAAUAUAAAUAUAUAUUAUUGCUGUAUUAUAGGUGUUGUUAUUGAUAUCAAAGAUGUCAUGUUUUUGCUGUCAACAUUGUUUCAUGGUUUAUUUUGCUCAGAUGAAAGCCAUUAUAGUCCUUCCUGUCUUUGUGUGUGUGUCUCUGCGUGCGUGCGUGUGCGUGUGCGUGUGCGUGUGUGUGUGUGUGUGUGUGUGUGUGUGUGUGUGUGUCUCUCUCUCUCUCUCUCUCUCUCUCUCUGCGCGUGUGUGUGUGUAUGUGUAUGUGCAUGUCUGAAUGAAUGGGUGAGUCAUGCCUGCCACUGUAUCAGCUCCCACUUUGUGCAUGUGUUGUACUCUCUACACACACGUUCAUUACAGUUUCCUCCUGAAACCUGUUCGUCUUGUAAAGGUGAAAAAGUCACCGCAGCCAUCAAGUGACACUAAAACCAACUCAACAUUCGUCUGAGUUGUAUUGCACCUGUUGGGAAACUGAUGCACUCACUGCAUGCUCAAACCGUCCACGAUGUCCUCUGAGCCAUCCAGACCACUCCUCUUCUUCUUCUCCCUCUCCCUCUGCUGUGUCUCAUUUCAGGGUGUGGCAUCCUACAAAGAACGCAGCCUAAGAAGGAUCCAAUUGUCAUAGCCCGUGUAGGCUGAUUUAACUGAAAUGAAACAUUCUGGUCUACGGAGGUUUUUUGUCAUUUGCUUCACCAGCUGUUCCUGCCCUUACCCUUUUUCUUUUCUAAAUGUAACCCCUGUUGCCUAGCAACCUCAAUAACUGUAAAGGAAAAAGCGAAUAUUACUAACUUAACUUAACUUUAACAAUUAUUUGACAGAAAAUGUGAAGUUUCAAAGCCCCUUUGGUCUUUUUUUUUUGUUUUGUUUUGCAUUAAUAUUGGUAGCUAUUCAUUAAAUUAAAGCCAAUGACUAUCAUUUAAAAGUGUAUUACUCGGCCGCUUAUUAGGCUGCCUUCAAAAUUGGACCGCCUAUGACACGCCAAUGUGACAUAUUUGGUCUUCUAAUGCACCUCUUGAAGGAUGCAGCCCCUUAAUUGUGACAAUUGAGAAUAGCUGACUUCUUCUUGUCCAGCUUCCUCUAAACCUUCUCCGUCUUGUUCUUCUUGUUUGCGUCCUUUUCUAUUUCUCCUUGUUCUCCUUGUUCUCCUUCUUCUCUGUCACCAUAAUAGCAGCUCUUCCAUCCUCUUUUAUCUCUCCCACCUUUGGCUGUGAAAAGUAGCAUUUAAUCUACCUGUUAAUAAGACAAAAACAAGUAGCAACUUACUCAUACCGUCCACGUGUUUCUGCAUAUACUUAAUCUCUCUGUCUCUGUCCAUACAUUAUACAAACAGUCAGUAUAAUAUUCAGUUCAAUGGGCACACACAACGAUGUCUCAACAUUCAAGCUAUGCUUUUUGCAUCUGUGGUCAGAUCCUUUGCUGUAAUCUCACAAACACAAUCAGUGUUAAUCCAUGUUUUCCUUGCAGCUGGGAGUCUGAGGAAAAGGUUGCUGGUCUCAGUUUUCAUGCAGGUGUGGAGACUUGCACAGUGUUGUCUCUUUACAGCAGAAACUUUAUUCCUGUUACUAAAAGAAAAACUGUUUCAGAGGUGAGCUGAAAGGACGAAACUGAUUCCAGGUCAAACAUCUUUACGCUGGUAUUAGAUGGGAUGGUCUUUGUACAUGGCCAGACAGUCUAUAAGGCAAAAAACAUAAAAAAUAAGGAAUAAAAAAAAGUGAAUGUACCCAUCACUGGAAGGCAUGCUCUGCUUUUCUGGUUGUUUUUGUUCCUCUUUUAUACACAGUGUAUGUACUAUUUAUGAUCAUGCUUUUGGGGUGUACAUUGGUUUAAAAGAAUCUGUUAUAAAAGGUGUUAUAAAAGGAUAUAUUAUCCUGUGUACGGUUCAUUAUCUACUAUUAAACAUGGCGACCUUUUAACAGGCCACACUCAGCCUGUCAUGUUUGUGCGACGAAGCAGAAAAAAAAAGUGUCUUGUGUCUCUUUGUGUGCACCACUCUGGACACGAUUAUGUAAAAGGUGCAAUUUGUGUUAUAUUUCUUUUUUUUAAUGAUACAAACAUGUCUAUGGUUGUAAGAAAAAAAAAAGACUAUGGGGGAAAUUCAUCUGCUUAUUAAAAAAGCAAAACUGCAGCCAAACACAAA